CCUGGAGUCUCACUCACUACUCUUUGCGUCUUCGUUCGCUACUCGUUACUCUUGAACGCGUGCGCGCACAUCAACAAGAAAGUUCAUUGAACCACGUAGUAAAUACAGGAAACCUUUCCAGGAACCAUGCAGAAGGGGAUCAUCUUGAUUGCCGCAGUCUUCGUGACUUGCGCCACCGCCCUUCCCCAGACGAGACUUAUCAACGCCAACAGAUGGAAUAACCCCAGACCCAAAGGGAACGAACUCCUGCUGGACGCCCAGGUCGGCAGCGUACUGAGGAACGCCCCUCUGGGAUCCCAACUGUACAGAACCGUCCCAGCAAUUCCCGCCCUCCUCAGCAGGCUGCCCGACAACGCUACCCUUAUCAGGCCGAAUAUCGUUGACAACUUCAAAUGCGAAGGAAGAGACUACGGCUACUACGGCGAUGUUGACAACGAGUGCCAGAUCUUCCACGUGUGCCUACCCCUGCAGCAGCUGUACCCGUUAAACUUCACCUCCCCAAUCACCUACACCUUCUCCUUCAUCUGCCCAGACCAGACCAUCUUCAGCCAGGAUGCUAUGGUCUGCGCCUGGGAGAGCGAGGCUCUCCCUUGCAACUUCGCUCCUGACCUCUACUGGAUGAACAAGAACUUCUUCCGCCUCGUGCCAGACACCGAGAAGGGCUUCGGGGAACGCUACGCCAACCUGAACGAACCCCAGCGUUAGUCUAAAGGUGGUCUGCGAGGACAGAACGUCAAAGAGCUAACUGGUGUAAACGGACGGCUGUACUCGAAGUGACUUCAUCUCGUGCAUUGCGUAUUGCGGGUCUGUAGCGUAGGCGCCUUGCAGCUUCUUUGAUGAAAUUCUGGCCAUUUUGAUUUGCUUUACCAUUCGCCCCCCCCCCCCCCCUUUUAUUUUACUCUUACGAUGCCAGCAAAUGUGAAAAGAGAUAAGUUGUGUAUGAGUCUACAAAAAUUACUCUUAGAUGUGAUAUUAAACUUAGAUCUACAAAUCGUUUGUAGCCGUAGCAUUCGAGACCCGUGUGAAAUAUACAUUGCUACGAAUCAAAAACCAGUUUUGCGCCUCUGCCAUAUUUGGUGGGCGUUCGGAUUUCCCAUGAAUCAUUUUGAUCUAGAUGAAGUCCUUCGGGUACAUAUCGGGGUCAUGUAACGGGAAAAGGCCCAGUGCCCUUUUUUUAUGCAAAAUACACGCAAGGCUGAUAGUUAAAUGGAUUAGAGCAGAACCAUUAAUUGGUGUAGUGCAGAACUUUAGGAAACAAAAGAAAAUAUCUUCUGCCAUUUUACCCGUCUGCCUUUCGUUGUUUUGCUCCGUAUGACUCCAUUAAAAUGGGUACAAAUAAGGUUCUCAUUUUUCUCUGUUUUUAUGUGUUGUUUCUCGAAAAUAAGACGUCGGUGACCUUUAAGAAUCAUAAAGUUUUCCGUCUCUUUGAUUUCUCUGUAUUUUUGAAGGGCAUGAUUGUAAUAGAAACCACCUUUUACUAAAUCAAAUAAAAAAAAAGCUCUCAGUUUUUUUGCUACUUAAGCUUUUGCUGUUUGUGUAUGCUUCUAAUGAAGUGUCCAUCGACCUACCAAGAUUUUUUUUUCUUAUCACUGCAUUUUCUCUCUCAAAAUUAAAUCUGUAUUGAUUCUCUUACUCCUCGAAGAAAGACACGUUCGUAGAGAUAGUUAGGCCAAACUUCCGGCCUCAUGAAGGUACGUUAACUUCAGUCAAUGUGAUAAAGUACAUAAAGCUUGAAUCAAAAGAGAUUUAUGGGCAUUUCGCUAAUCAUAAGCUUGACAGCGUUCUAAUGUGCAACUGUGGCACUAAAUACUCGUAAUGAUAAAGCUCAGUUUUACGGACAAGACGACAGACACUCGCUUAUUUAACAGACUUCCAAUUCACAUGACGACCUUUGUAUAUAGACUUAUAGCCUUUCUGAAUGUUGAAAAUUGUUGCCGUUGAUGUUGAAGUUCUUAGUUAUAAUCAAGAAAUAAACAAAAAUGAAUAAAA